AUGCUGCAAAAACAAGGGAACGUCAACGAAGCCCUCUCGAUCCACGAGAAACUUUGUCUGGAGGGAUCCGAGGCAGCAAGAAGUGCAUUUGAAGCUCGCGAGAAGGUCAAGUUUCUCAAGAUAGCAGGACUCGAUGCCAAGAAGGGAGCACUCUACAAGGCGAUCGAGAGAUUCAAGAAGUUGCAGGAGGAAGCUGCUUUGGCAACGAAACGUCAUGAUCAUGCGGAAAAGGUGUUGCGAGAUACGAUGGCUGAGAGAGAUGGUGCCGAAGACAACGUCCUCGCUUGUCUUUCAGCACUGGCGAAUGUGAGAGCGGAUCGUGUUGCUCGUGGUUAUGAGAGUGGAUGA